AUGACCGAUAGGCCAAUAUCAUUCUCCAAUUAUGCACUUGACUCAUCGCCGCAGUCGAUUUUCGAGCAGACAUUAGCUGCAGUCCUGAAAGAUCCAAAUAAUAAAAAAAUUGGCCUCGUUGGACGAUAUUUGGAGAAAGGUACUUUAUCAGCUAUUGUUGAAUUCAAAUUCGGCCAGGUGGUCGAUAAGCAGUAUGUGUGUUUAUUGAAAAUGCUGGCGGUUGUGAACAGUGGCUUACCGGAAUAUGUGCAAAUGAUCGCGCCCCAUGAAGAUUGGUCAUAUUUGGAUACAGGCUUUAGACAGGUUUUCCUCUUCGUGCAAUUAGCAGUAGUAACGUAA